UAUGCUGCCUGCUGCUUCCAGUUCCUCGUCAGAGAGCCGGGUGUCUGCUGCUAGAGUAUAUAGUUCUCAUAGUCAGAUCCACAAGACCAGAGCCCACUACCCGACAGAAUCUCCAAGGAUGGACAAAAGCAGGAAAAAGAUGACCGAGAGGAUAUUAAACCUCACCCUGGAGAUCAUCUGCCUGCUGACUGGAGAGGAUUACACAGUAGUAAAGAAGACAUCUGGAGAGUGUUUGACGCCAAGCAGCCACCCCUAUGUGUCAGGACACAGGAGUCACACCAAGAACCCCACCUCAGUACCUCCACCGAAGUCCUUGAAGGAUGAAAGAAACAAUGAGCAGAAGAUCCUAGACCUCACUAACAAGAUCAUUGAGCUGCUGACUGGAGAGGAUUGGGACUAUUUAGAAGGAGAGGAUCUGUACAAAAAGGUCAUUAUGGAGGACCACCGGCCUCUCACAUCACCAGGUGGGUCUAUGAAGAGGAAUUCACCAGAGAGGUAUCACACACUUUUGCCUUCUCAGGAUAGUUCAGAGGAAGAUCUUGAUGUCCCAGAUGAUACUCAGGACGAAGAUUUGAUUGAUAUUAAAGUAGAGGUUAUAGAAGAAGAGGAGGAGGAAGAAGAAGAAGAGAUGUAUAUGAUGGGUGACCAGCAGUGUAAGGAGGAGCAAAGUCCUGUAGAGAUCAGCCCAAGUGGAUCCACAAAGAGAAAAAAAGUGCUCCAAGAGAUCUGUCCAAGUCCUGUUAAUUCUCCAGAUGAUCCAGAAGAGGAGGAAGAUCUUGAUGUCCAACCGGGCCAUCAGGAUGAAGAUUUGCUUGAUAUUAAAGUUAAAGUUAUUGAAGAGGAAGAAGAAGAGGAGAUAAGUAUGUCACGUGACAGACAGCUUAAGGAGGAGGAGGUUCCAGUGGCAAUCAGCGCAAAUAUGCCCAGUGCUCUUCACUGUAAAGAUCCACAAUGUAACCCCUCAAAUAGUGAGGAACACUCUGUUGAUACAAGUGCAGAUCACAUUGGUGGAAACUUAUAUCCAUGUUCUGAAUGCGGGAAGUAUUUUAAAAAGAAGGCAAAUCUUAUUCGACAUCAAAGAAUUCACACAGGGGAGAAGCCAUUUCCAUGUUCUGAGUGUGGGAAGUGUUUUACCCAGAAAUGUGACUAUAUUCAACACCAGAGAAUUCACACCGGUGAGAAGCCAUUUUCAUGUGCUGAUUGUGGAAAAUCAUUUACAAAGAAGUCCAAUCUGGUUGAGCAUCAGAGAAUUCACACAGGGGAGAAGCCGUUUUCUUGUUUUGAGUGUGAAAAAUGUUUCGCAAGGAAGUCUGAACUUUUUAGGCAUGAGAGGAGUCAUCACACAGGGAAGAGGCUUUUUUCAUGCUCUGUGUGUGGGAACCGUUUCACUCAGAAAUCUGAUUUAAUGCAGCAUCAGAGUCUUCACACAGCACAGAAGUGGUAUUCAUGUACUGAAUGCGGGAAAUGUUUCACAUGGAAGUAUAACCUUGUUAAACACCAGAGAGUUCACACAGGGGAAAAGCCGUUUCCUUGUAUUGAGUGUGGUAAAUGUUUUACCAAGAAGUGUAACCUCGAUGAACAUCAGAAAAUUCAUGCUGGCGAGAAACCAUUUUCCUGUUCGAAUUGUGGGAAAUGCUUCACAUCGAAAUCUAACCUUGUCACACAUUUGCGAAUUCACACAGGGGAGAAGCCAUUUUCCUGUUCUCAGUGUGGAAAAUGUUAUACGAGGAAGGCUAACCUUGUUGAACAUCAGAGAGUUUGUGAGAAGCCACUGUAGAUCUCUACUUCAAAGAUCUCACGAAUGCUAUGGAUAAUUGCUGUAGCAUGCUUUAUGCAUUUCAUGUUCCUUGAAAGACUGAAGAUGUGAGACUGGUCUUGCUGAACAUUACCUAAAUUGCACAAACGAGAAGCCUGUUUAAUGGCAUUAGACUUAAACCCUGCUAUUAAUUGAUUCAUGAACAUUAAAGGGCAAUGGUCAUCACUUACCACUAUGUCAAAGGGUCAGCAGCUGUCCAUCCGAGCUUGUAAGCAAAGUCCCCUGAUGUCUCUGGCAUCUUCAUAUGUUUUGUCAGUCCUCCGAAUAAAUACUUUUUAUAAUAUGCAAAUUACCCCCUAGGUGCAACAAGGUUGGUGCCAUUGCACCUCUUUGUACCCAGAGGCUUACCUCCCUGUCUUCUAUGCUGCGCCUCCACCAUUGGGAUGGACAAGCCAGGCAGUGCCUGAAGUCUUGCAAAAUCACAUUCUGUACAUACGCGGUAAAGAGAUGGAGACUCCUGAGCAGAUGGGCAAUCUCCAUCCCUUUUACUGCGCAUGUACAGAAUGCAAUCCCGCAAGACUUCAGGGACUGCCUGGCUUAUCCAUCAAAGCAAUGGGGGUGCAAGAUAGAAGACAGGGAAGGAGACUCUGGGUGCAACUGCACCAUCCUUUUUGCACCUUGUGGCUAAAUUGCAUAUUAUAAAAUAUGCAAUCUGUCAAUCCUUUUCGGAGGAUUGACAGAACAUUUGGAAAUGCCAGCAAUAUAAUGGCACUUUGCUUAAAAGUGUGGAUGGACAGCUGUUGCCAUUUGACAUAAUGGUAUGUGGUGACAGAUGCUCUUUAAAAGGAGUCUGUCAGCAGUUUUACUGCUCAAUACUGCUUAGGGAGAGUUCACAUCUCCAUUUCAUUGUCCAUUCUUCUGAUCUGUCAGAAAAAAA